AUGGAUGCGGCUAAUCCUACUGUUGGAAAUGCCGUAGCUAACAAUGGACUAAAAAAACGUUCUGAAUUUACUAACGGUAGUCGUUUGGUGGAUUUGAUAGGACCUAUUCAUUGCGAUAUAUUUUUCCAAGAUCGUAUGAUGCUUAAUGGUGUCGAUGUUAAAAUUAAAUUACACAGAAGCAAAAACUCAUUUUGUCUCAUGUCACCCGAUGCAGCGGCUGGAUUCAAGGUACAUUUGGAAGACGCCUCCGUGUAUGUAAGAAAAGUGAAAUUCAAUCCAUCUAUAGCGCUGGCUCACGCUAAAGCGCUGGAAAAAGGGACAGCUAAAUGCCCGCUCCGUCGCGUCGAGGUGAAAACCCUAUCAGUCCCUCAGGGAAAUUUAUCGUUUACCAGGGAAUCGCUGUACAAUGGGAAUCUACCAAAACGCUUAGUGAUCGGUCUAGUGGGCACUGACGCAUUCAACGGGAGUUACUCUAAAAACCCGUACAACUUUCAACACUUCAAUACAAACUUUAUGGCCUUGUAUCUAGAUGGUGAGCAAGUACCUUGGAAACCGCUUAAACCUAAUUUCGAAGCUGACGGUGAAGGAAGUUAUAUUUUAGCGUAUCAGAGUUUAUUCUCCGGUUUGAGUACAUUAUUCGAAGAUACAGGAAACCAGAUAUCUAGAGAAGACUACGCCAGGGGAUAUUCUUUGUUUGCGUUUGAUCUCACCCCUGAUUUAUCAAACAGUGGACAUUUCAAUCUAAUUAAACGAGGAAAUAUACGUUUAGAAAUUCAAUUCGCUACUGCUUUGACAGAAACAAUUAACGUUAUAAUUUACUCAGAAUUUGAUUCACUUAUUAAAAUAGAUAAGUCUCGUAACGUAAUAUUAGAUUUCUAA